CAUGUGGAAUUAAAUACCAUUUCUCAAUCUGAUGCCCGUGAGAGACUUGAGCUGAUUAUAGAGAGCUUGGCUGCGUACUCUGCCAUCACAGACACCAAUGUGAAUGAAGUUGCGCUAGCUAACCUGCUCUCAGCCGUUCAGCGACUUGACGCGGUGGUGCCUGAAAGGGGACGACCGGCCAUCGACAUCCCCUUCGAAGUUCUAGAGAUGUAUUUGUUGUAUGGCCUCAAAGUCAAGGACAUCGCAGAACUGUUUGGCGUAAGCCGCCAGACAAUCACAAGGAGGAUGAGAAGUAACGGAUUGAGAAAGUUGGACAUGUAUUCUGCAAUGACUGACCAAGAGCUUGAUGCCAUCAUUGCAGAAAUCCAACAUAGUCACCCAAACACAGGAUACAGAAUGAUGAAAUCAUUCCUUCAUGCCAGCGGGCUGCUGGUGCAAAUUACAAGAGUACGUGACUCCUUAAGACGAGUGGACCCAACUGGGACUGAAGUGCGAGCUAUGGCCAAUCGCACUCUAAGACGGAGGCAAUACUCUGUUCCUGCACCAAAUGCAAUGUGGCACAUAGAUGGAAACCACAAAUUAAUACGCUGGAGAUUUGUUAUUCACGCUGGAAUAGAUGGCUUCAGCCGUUUAAUUGUUUAUCUGUCUUCUGCAACAAACAAUCGAGCAUCUACAGUGUUGAAUAGCUUUAUUGGUGCCGUCGAGAAAUUUGGUUUGCCAUCACGUGUGCGCUCUGACAAGGGUGGUGAAAAUGUUGAGGUGGCCCAUUUCAUGGUGGCACACCGAGGAGAAAACCGAAACUCGCACAUUACUGGAAGGAGUGUCCAUAACCAGCGGAUAGAACGGUUAUGGAGAGAUGUCUACAUCCAAGUCCUUGACCCAUUCCAUAUUCUCUUUCACAACCUUGAGAGAGAAGGGCUUUUGGAUCCUGAUAAUGAGAGUCAUCUUUUUGCUCUCCACUGGGCUUUUCUGCCUCAACUACAAAAGCAACUUGCCUUCUUCAUGGAUGCCUGGAACCAUCAUAGCCUGAGAACAGCAGGUAGCCAGUCUCCCUACCAACUUUGGACAUCAUUCAGACACCUUGAAGAUCCUGAUCAGGUGGAGGCAGACUAUGGUAUCGAUUGGGAUGGACCGUACGGCUUUGAUGACCUUGGAGGUCAAGCAGCACAAGUUGAAGUACCUCAAGUGCAACUGGAGCGACACCUGACGGAGGAGAACAUGGCGAGAUUACCUGACCCCAGUGUUCCCUUCAUGGAUGCACUGGACAUCUACAUAGCCACACUACAGCAGUUGAUACAGCCAGAACUGGAUGAGUGA